GUCACUAGACAUUGGACGAUGUGAGCACAUGACUAGUACAUCAGCUUAAGCAGAGCAAAUACUAACUGGCAUAGCUCUGUUAACCUUAGCCUUGAAGAAAAUUUAAUAUACCUCGUAAUUUUUGACCACAGACCACUAGGGUACCAAAAUGUCCAGCAAAAGAGCAAAGGCAAAGACGGCAAAGAAGCGCCCCCAGCGUGCGACUUCCAAUGUGUUUGCAAUGUUUGACCAGUCUCAGAUCCAGGAAUUCAAGGAGGCAUUCAACAUGAUAGACCAAAACCGUGAUGGCUUCAUUGACAAGGAAGACCUUCAUGACAUGCUAGCUUCUCUUGGAAAGAACCCAUCAGAUGACUACCUUGAAGGGAUGAUGAGUGAGGCUCCGGGACCCAUUAAUUUUACCAUGUUCCUCACCAUGUUUGGUGAGAAACUAAAUGGGACGGAUCCAGAGGAUGUCAUUCGAAAUGCUUUUGCCUGUUUUGAUGAAGAAGGAACAGGUUUCAUCCAUGAAGACCACCUGCGGGAACUUCUGACUACCAUGGGUGAUAGGUUCACAGACGAAGAAGUCGAUGAACUUUUCCGAGAAGCACCAAUUGACAAGAAAAGCAAUUUCAACUAUGUGGAAUUCACUCGCAUUCUGAAACACGGUGCCAAGGAUAAGGAUGAUUAAGCGUACUCGUGCUUGUUACUUUGCCAAAUUUCAGAAAUCUUUAUCAGCGCACACCAAUCACUACUGAUGCGAUCCACUUACUCUAAAGAGCAACUUUGUUUCCUGUGCAUUUUGCUUGACAUUUAAACCUAAAUAGGAUAGUACCACACAAGUAUUGGGAAAUAUGAUGAUAGAAAAAGGAUCAAAACAAUCCAAAAAAAUAUUGUUAUUCCAUUAAUCUCACACAGAAAUUGGAUUGGAACACAAAGCUAGUUAACCUGUCAUUGAAGGUAAAAAAUGCAAUCUCCUCAAAACAAUGAAAUAAAAAGGGCUGAAAAUAAAACUUUAAUAAUAAUGAAAGCAGGAUUAUCAGUAACAGUAGCUAUAGCAAGAUUUUGUACCUAGGUUUUAUGUGAAACUUUGUACUUUUUCUUGAAUAUUAUAUGUCUAAAUAAAAGCCUUAUCAGA